UUGGCGGGACUAAAUCGACAUCGGUGGUUGGCUAUGUUUCCUUGUGACUCAGUCUAACCGCAGCGACACGUCAUUAGAGCUCGUCAUUAGUCCCUACCGGCGGUUGUUUAUACUCUCCCUUUGCCUCCUCACCUGCGUUGGUAGCAAUUAUUCAAUGGCCCAUUCGUUGUCUCCAGAAUGUACGCCAUUAAAGAACGAGUACGACGUUUGCUUCAAUACUUGGUUUGAGGGCUACCUCGAACCAGCUAUUGCGAUCGGCAACACCAAGGGACACCCACAAGCUCAAAGAACUGAAUACUCAAAGCAAAAGAAGGAAGAGUACGACCGGAAAUGUGGGAGCAUCUGGGCGAGGUACAAAGAUUGCGUUCAGAAAGCUGUUACAGAGAAAGGUCUGGGCGAGCUGCUUGGCCAAGCACGACAAGAGAACCCGCUUCGCGAACCCUCGCAGGCGAAAGAAUGAACGGAUAUGCAGGGAAUGUACUGGUAGUCAUACAUAUCGUCCAGUUAUUCAUCUAGGCUCUCUAUGGACUUCAACACCGAAUCAACAAAACGACAUAAGAGUGAAAGAUUGCGUCGUAUAGAGCAAAUGCAGGCCGCCCCUCGGACGAUGGAAAGAACGGACAGCAUGCAGUCGCAAAAUAUCAAUAUCCAGUGGUAUUGAACACAAGACAGAAAUAAAAUUUCGUUACACUUUCAUUACACCAUUAAAUAAAGACUCCUAUCAGAACCGUUCUGAUCUGCAGUCGU